AUGCUACUAGAAAGAGAUAUCGCUGGCCCACAGGCUCCUGUCCUCGACCAACCUACCACCAAUAUAGCCAAGACGACCGAGCAUGAUCUGCAGGCGAUACAAGAUGUGUAUGAUGCGGAACGCAAGAAACGCCUGCGUCCGGAUGGACCGACCCAAUAUGUGGGCGUGACCGGUGAAUCCCCUAAGAGUUUUUAUGCAAAUGAAGAUAUCGCGAUCGACAACAAUCUGCUCGAGCAGAAAAAGGUCCGAAUGCUCAUUGUCGGUGCUGGAUUUGGAGGACUGCUCUUCGCAGUGCGACUGCUCCAGUCGGGAUUUCUUUCUGCAAACGAGAUCCUCUUCGUGGAUAUAGCAGGUGGCUUUGGAGGAACGUGGUGGUGGAACAAAUAUCCUGGUUUGGCCUGCGAUGUCGAAAGUUACACUUACAUGCCCUUGCUAGAGGAAACAAAGUAUAUGCCUACACAGAAGUAUGUUUCCGGGCCGGAGUUGAGAGAACACGCGAACCGUAUUGCCGGUCAAUGGAAUCUCAGUGAACGGGGGCUGUUCUACACCAAGGUCAAUAAUUUGGCUUGGAAUGACCAGGAUAGUCAAUGGACAGUCCAUAUCACACCACAUGGCAUGUCACCCACUGCAAUACAAUCUGAUUUUGUCAUCCUGGCUACCGGGCUGCUGAAUUCCCCAAAACUACCAAAAUUGGAUGGCCUGAAGACCUACAAGGGGAAGGUGUUCCACACUUCUCGCUGGGAUUAUGAGUACACUGGAGGAAGUCCCAGUAGCCCAGAAAUGCAUGGACUGCAAGACAAAACAGUUGGAUUUGUUGGAACUGGUGCAUCUGCUAUCCAAGCAAUCCCACACCUUGCUCAAUGGGCAAAGAAAGUGGUUGUGUUCCAGCGCACACCGUCCUCUGUAGAUUGGCGUCACAAUCACUCCACCGAUCGUACCUGGUGGACCAAAAUGGUCGAAGAAGGAGGCUCUGGAUGGCAACGAGAGCGCAUGGAGAAUUUCAACGCCUUUCCUUCGAACGAGAAUCCCCUCCCAGAUGUAGACCUUGUCGACGAUGGUUGGACCAAGAUGCAAUCUUUCAGUGUAUUGAUUGGCAGUCCCUCUGGUCUUGAGCCAGAUUAUCUGACGUGGAUGCACCAAUUAGACUUACAUCGCCAAGAGGCGAUCCGCAAUCGCGUGGAAACCACUGUCACCGAUCAAGUGACUGCUCGGGCUUUAAAGCCGUGGUAUCCCGGAUGGUGCAAACGGCCGUGCUUCAGCGAUAACUUUCUCACGACAUUCAACCAGUCUAAUGUGUCCCUGGUAGACACUAACGGGAAAGGGAUCCACACUGUGACAAAUCAAGGAAUCUCGGCAAAUGGCCAAGAGUAUGAUUUGGAUGCCAUAAUUUUCGGGACCGGCUACAGUCUUGGAGGGAGUGCCGAUAUUGGGGAUUUGACUGUGACCGGCCGUGACAACCGGGUCCUUCAAGAGAAACGGCAGAAGGGGCUGACUUCCCUUCACGGGAUAAUGACCAAUGGUUUUCCUAAUCUAUUCUUUCCGGGUCCAUAUCAAACUGGAGCAUCGGCAAACCAGGUCUAUGUCCUUGAUCAACUUGCUGUUCAUGUUGCCCAUAUCAUCUCCGAAGCCGGCAAGUUGACAUCGGAGGAAAACCCGAAUGUUACCAUUCCCGGGUUUACUAUUGAGCCUAGCUCUCUCGCCGAAGAAGAAUGGACUACCAAGGUUUUGAUGAGAGCGCAAGCACUGGGAGGUGUCCUAAAUUGUACUCCGUCGUACUACAAUCGGGAAGGACUCCAAUUUAAGGACCAUGAAGCCUUGCAAGCAGCACAGUUCAGCGUAUGGGGAGAGGGAAUCAAGAGUUAUGUGAAAGAGAUUGAGGGUUGGCGACAGACGGGCGGGUUGGCUGGACUUGACAUCCAGCUCCGACAUGAAGCGUAG